CAGAGGAGCCACAACAUCUGAAAGUUUUAAACCUGUGAUCGCGGUAUGUGAUGCGAAGCAAGACUGGGGGUUCCUCCAACAUGUGGAAGCAAAACAAAUUCCACAUCAUGGACUUAGACAGAUUUAGGUUUUGCCUCUGAGGGAGGUCUUUUUUUGUCAUGUUCUUACUUCAGUAGGGUGGAAAUAUAAAGAUGAGAUAGGGGAUGCUAAAAAAUAUAAAGAGGUGUGCAAAGAUAGAAGCACAUUGUGUGUUAAACUGCACUGUUCCUCCAGCACAGACUAUUGCUUUUGUGUUAAUGAAAGUUAAGACGCAGCCGCUUGGAAAAAUACUUCAAGAUUUGAAACAUCAAAGAGCAACUUUAAAAUGUAACUGACGUUUUCUUCAGAGGCAGACCUGUUUGUUCUUUUAAGUGGAUACAACGGAUGUCAAGACUAUCAACUGCCUGGGAAAGUGAGGACCCCUGCUAGCGUGUCACUGUGGAAAUAAUAAUCGUGUUGGGAUUAUUGCCAACAUUGGAGUUUGUAGCGUUGGACCCGUUUAUUCUUUUUCUUUUCACCCCUCCAAGCAGUGGAUCGUCUACUGAUUGUAAGCUAUUCUGUUUGGUUUAUAUACCGCACAAGAGGAUGUAGCAGCCUGUGCACUGACCCCGAGCUGUCCCACCCUACCCUUUGCCCUUGCCGGUGGGACCCAGUGACCAUGCUGACCGAGCCUCAAACACCACAAAGAUCAGAGCCCAGACCGACGCUAAGGCCCGUUGGAACCUGUGCAGCACCAUGUCCCAGCCAUUCACGGCUCCACUUGAGGCUAACAGCUCACGAUCAGAAGAGUCUGGGGUUCAGCUGAAAUGGGCCGCCCUGCUUAUUGUCAUGGUUAUCAUCCCGACUAUUGGAGGGAACAUCUUGGUCAUUCUUGCUGUGUCACUUGAGAGAAAGCUGCAGAACGCCACCAACUAUUUCCUGAUGUCGCUUGCUGUGGCUGAUCUACUGGUGGGACUCCUGGUGAUGCCCAUCGCCCUCGUCACUGUUCUCUACAACUCCGGCUGGCCUCUUCCGGACUUCCUCUGCCCUAUUUGGCUCUUCCUGGAUGUGCUGUUUUCCACUGCAUCCAUCAUGCAUCUAUGCGCCAUUUCACUGGACCGCUACAUCGCCAUCAAGAAGCCAAUUCAACAUAGCCAGUACAAAUCCAGGGCCAAGGCGAUGGUCAAGAUAGCACUGGUGUGGCUUAUAUCCAUUUGCAUAGCUAUCCCGAUUCCAAUCAGGGGGCUUCAAAACUACCCUUCUCACAACAACAUCACAUUCAACAGCAACCACACAUGCCUGCUGAAAACAGACACCUUCUGGGACUUUAUCAUGUUUGGCUCCAUGGCUGCAUUCUUCAUCCCUUUGACCAUCAUGAUGGUCAUCUACCUUCUUACUGUCCAGGUGUUGCGCAAAAAGGUUUAUUUGCUCAAGGCAAAGGUGACUCAUCGUUUUAGUCCAACAAUCACCACAGUUUUUCAAAAGGAACAGGAUGUGACCUCACCUCAAGCUGAGCAACUGAAUAUGCUGGACAAGGGACUUCCCAGGAUUCAAGAAAAACUAAAUGUAGGAACAGCAAACUCUUGUACAAGAGAUGACAUGCCGUUUCGGAGAAUGUCCACCAUGGGCAAGAAGUCAAUACAAACUCUGAGCAAUGAGCAGCGUGCAUCAAAGGUGCUAGGCAUUGUCUUUCUCUUGUUUGUAGUCAUGUGGUGCCCCUUCUUCAUUACUAAUAUCACCUCUGUGCUAUGCACCAGCUGUGAUGUUAAUGUAAUAGCCCGCCUCAUGGAGAUCUUUGUUUGGGUGGGUUAUGUGUCAUCAGGAAUCAACCCAUUGGUCUAUACCCUAUUCAACAAAACUUUCAGACAGGCAUUCGCACGUUACAUGACCUGCAAUUACAAGGACACUGCUGGUCACAAGCCAGUGAGGCAACCAAGGAUAUCAAAUGCAGAUCGGACCCUUGCGAAAAUUUCAUUCAGUUCUUCUGUGGCAGAAAACUCUAAACUGUUCAUGAAGCGGGGAAUGAAGAAUGGCAUUGGAGCAGUGAGCUACCAAAGUCCACUGAGGGGCCGACAGGCACCCGUACAGUCAUCCAAUGGUGUUGUGUUAGACACAAUGCUCCUGCCUGAAAAUGAACACGGCAAGCAGGAAGAACAUGUAAGUUGUGUAUAGAACUACUAGUAAGAAUUAUCCAAUUAAAAAGAGAGCACAUGGAAGUGUUUUAUAUCCUUAAAAACUAAAUGUUUGUCCCAACACAAAAAUGUAAAACAAGGGAUUGGAAUUUGAUGUUACUUUCUGUCUAACUGACUAAUUGCAAGGUACACUUCACAAAAACUAAAUCUAACUGGUUGAUAUCUGAUGCUGAUAAUGUUCCAAGUUGGGUUUUUAAGCAGACGCAAAACAGGGCUAUAGUAUCAAUUAUGACAAUUUCAGAAACACACAAUGCUACUCUUCAAAAUCCACCAAACUCCUCUGUUACAUAUGUGAAUAUAUAUAGUCAAUAUUGUACUCAACUGGCCUCUGAAACAGGCCACACUAACAAUGUGAAUUGUCAAAGACACCAAGACAGUUGAUAGUGUAGUAAAAGAAAGUUUGAGUUUUCAAGCUGUGUAAAACAGUAAUUUUGAGAUGACCUGUACCAGGUCAAACACAGGAGGAUAUCCUCUAUGAAGGUCAACCAAAUUUAGGAAUGAGGCACUAUAACAACCUGGAAACUCUGAAUGCAGUAAUCAAUAUGCAGAGUACCUAUGCUGAUUCUUUCAACUCUGAAUGUGCUAUAAACCAUCUCAGACUAAAUGGUUAUGUUUUGUUACGACAGCCACACCUUUCAAAUCUCUUCCACAACAAACACAUGAAAUGCACUGCACACUUGAAAUGAUACAUAUUGUAUUUGCUGGACCUUUUGGAAGUGCUUUUGUAUGUGUAUUACAGCCAAAUCUUUUGAAUAUUCAAAAACAAAAUAAAGAUCAAAUGGAAAUCUACAUGUGUUCAAUAAAAUAUUUGUAUUGCUGGACCGAAAGAAAGCUGAAUCUAGUCUGACCGCCCCUUUUCUUUUUGUUAUGCUGCUAAAAAUGUCAUCUGCAAGUUAAAU